GAGGGGAUUGAAACACCUGAAUCACAUGAUAUGGAUGGGAUUGGAACACCUGAAUCACAUGAUAAGGAGGGGAUUGGAACACCUGAAUCACAUGAUUGGGAGGGGAUUGGAGCACCUGAAUCACAUGAUUGGGAGGGGAUUGGAACACCUGAAUCACAUGAUAUGGAGGGGAUUGGAACACCUGAAUCACAUGAUUGGGAGGGGAUUGGAGCACCUGAAUCACAUGAUUGGGAGGGGAUUGGAACACCUGAAUCACAUGAUCUGGAGGGGAUUGGAACACCUGAAUCACAUGAUAUGGAGGGGAUUGGAACACCAGAAUCACAUGAUUGGAGGGGAAUGGAACACCUGAAUCACAUGAUUGGAGGGGAUUGGAGCACCUGAAUCACAUGAUUGGGAGGGGAUUGGAACACCUGACUCACAUGAUUGGGAGGG